AAGCAAGAAUUAGAAGAAGAAAAAUAAAUAAAUAAAUAAACAGUUUCAUUCAACUUUGGUAUUUGUCUAGCCUCCUACCUCCCUGGUUGGAAGGCUAGCACGGUGAGGUUGCUGUAGCGCUGCAUCGCUCGCUCAGACCAUUCAAAGAAGCAACUCCGUCCAUACAUGCUUCCCCGCUUCGCUCACCUCCUCCGCCACCCUCCUCCCCUCCACGCCAUGGCACGUGCUGUCACGUGCGCCACUCAGCUCCCUCAUUUCCUCCCCGCGCCCGCCGGCGCCGCCCCGCGUCGCCUCUCUCUGCCCGCCAAAUCCGCCCUCUUCGGCCGCACCUUCCACGCCCUCGCGCGGUGCCGCUGCGAAGCCGCCGCGAGGCCCGUUGCCGGAGUCCGCGCCGGACAGAGGGAGUAUCGCAAGACGAGGAGAAGAGCGCCCAAGAACAAAGAGAAGGAGUUGCAACUCUGCGUCGACAUUUGCCUCGAAGAGGAUUUGCCUGAUGAUCCUGAAAUCUUGAGCAUUGCGGAGUUGCUUCGACUGAAUGUUCCUAUGGCGAUGAAACUGGCGUUUGAUGGUUUGAAGGGUUCGGGGUAUAAAACAAGAGACACUGCUAUAAGUGAUGUUGGUGGGUUUGAUAGUGUUGAGUUGUCAGUGCUUCUUUGCAAUGAUGAGUUUAUUCGAAAACUUAAUAAGGAAUGGAGAGAUGAAGAUCAUGCUACAGAUGUUCUCUCAAUGUCACAACAUGUACCUGGGCUCAAGAUUCCUAUUCUUAUGUUGGGUGAUAUUGUAAUUUCUGUUGAGACAGCAGCAAGACAAGCAGAGGAAAGAGGGCACACUCUUCUUGAUGAGAUCCGAAUCCUCAUGGUUCAUGGUUUGUUACAUCUUUUGGGAUUUGAUCAUGAAAUAAGCGAAAAGGCUGAAGUAGAAAUGGAAAGAGAGGAGGAAAUCCUUUUAAGAAGUCUUGAUUGGAAGGGAAAAGGGCUAAUAAAGAGUGCAUGUGAUGCUGAAACAAACUCAAAUUUUCACCAAGACAGUUCAGAUGAUGAAUUGUCAAAAGACAGGAAGAAAGAAGGCAGUCUUAGAUUUUAUAAACCAAAGUUCAGCUAUAUCUUCUGUGAUAUGGAUGGAACAUUGCUGAACAGCAAAUGUCAAAUUUCCUCUGCAACUGUCAAUGCUUUGAGAGAGGCAUCAUCAAGGGGUGUGAAAAUUGUGAUAGCUACUGGAAAAGCUCGUCCAGCUGUGAUAGACAUCUUUAAAAUGGUAGAUUUAGCUGGAAAAGAUGGCAUUGUUUCAGAAUUUUCUCCUGGGGUUUUUGUACAGGGAUUGCUUGUUUAUGGUAGACAAGGUCAGGAAAUAUUUAGGAGCAACUUAGAUCCAAAUAUCUGUAGAGAGGCAUGUCUUUACUCUUUGGAGAGCAAGGUUCCACUUAUUGCAUUUUGUGAAGGGCGCUGCUUAACCCUAUUUCAUGAUCCGCUUGUUGAUUCACUGCAUACAAUAUACCAUGAACCAAAGGCUGAGGUCAUGCCUUCUGUUGAACAUCUAUUGGCUUCUGCUAGCAUACAGAAAAUUCUUUUCUUAGAUACUGCCCAGGGGGUGGCUGAUACCUUACGGCCAUACUGGUCAGAUGCUACAAAGGGUCGUGCAACUGUUGUUCAAGCUGUGCCAGACAUCCUGGAAAUUGUACCGUUGGGAACAUCAAAAGGGAACGGAGUAAAACUGCUGCUAGAUCAUUUGGGGGUUACUGCUAAGGAGAUAAUGGCAAUUGGUGACGGGGAAAAUGAUGUGGAGAUGCUUGAGCUGGCUUCUCUAGGCAUCGCACUUAAUAAUGGAUCAGAGAAGACCAAAGCUGUGGCUAACGUAAUUGGUUUAAGCAAUGAUGAAGAUGGUGUGGCAGAUGCCAUCUACCGGUAUGCAUUCUGAGCAGCAAACAGAAGGCUACAAUAAGUAUUUCAUUCAAAUUCUAUAGGGGUUCAAGCAAUUACCCCUGAUUAAUUAUUUUUUUCCCUCUUCUAUUUUCUUUCACAAAACAGUUAAAGCUGAGGAAAGUACAGCAUUUCAUCAUUUAUCUCAAACAUUAGAAGAAUUUGUAACUAGUCCUUUGAAGGUUUCAUAGGGUUUAUGCCUUUAGGCACGACAUUUUUGCGCGCUUCCCUUUUUUUAAUGUGAAAUAUCAAAGGAAAAUUCACUAA